GAAACAGAGUUAAGCUCAGCAGGCAUCAGGAGAAUAGAGUAGAGAGAAGCUCCCAGCCGUAGGGAUAACCAAGCAAGUUCUGGACCUCCAGGGGGACGAAUCUCUGCUGCCUAAGCAAGGCUUGACUCUCCUCCCCAGGGGCUGCUUGUUCCUUUAGCUGGGGAGCAUACAGGAGAUCUAAAUUUGCUGUGCCACGAUAGCGACCUUCAUCAACAGGUUUGUCAUCUGCAAGUCUCGAGCGGCACUAUAGCUUACUCCCAUAUCAGGUGUGUCUGAAAGGUGUUUGUGUGAACAUGCACUCAAAGCAUUGACUGCGUUAGAGUGUGUCUCCCGGGGUUUGCUGAGGCCACUGUUUACUUGCAGCGUGAAGGUGUGAUUGUAUUUGUGUGUAUGAAACAAGUCACAAGUGCUUAAAGAGUGUGUGAUAGGUGGUCGGGCACCGUGGAGGUCAGAGCCCUGGAUUUCAUAGAGAUGGAAGGUCAUGCUUAUGACCGCUUCGGAGAUGGAGAAAGGGACAGCUACCUCAUUGACUACCGAAGGAUUGUUGGAGACAUGGAACCAGCACGGCCACGGCCCUCAAACAGAGAUGGGGAGCAACCUCACCCGUAUGGGGGAUAUGCCCACCCUGUGCUACAUGGACAUGGAUAUGAGACAGCAGCCCAGCGAUACAGCGCUACACGUAUUCAAGCUGGGUAUGAACCAGAGAGCAUGGCUGACUACUUGAUCAGCGGGGGUACGGGUUACGUUCCUGAGGAUGGACUCACAGCACAACAACUUUUUGCUAUCGGUGACGGACUUACAUACAAUGACUUCUUGAUCCUCCCCGGUUUCAUAGAUUUCACUUCUGAUGAGGUGGAUCUAACUUCAGCCCUGACACGAAAGAUUACCCUGAAGACGCCUCUCAUUUCAUCUCCUAUGGAUACAGUCACGGAGUCAUCCAUGGCCAUCGCCAUGGCACUGAUGGGAGGGAUUGGAAUAAUUCAUCAUAACUCCACUGCUGAGUUCCAGGCCAAUGAGGUGCGCAAAGUGAAGAAAUUUGAGCAGGGCUUUAUUACAGAUCCAGUGGUAAUGAGUCCCCGUCACACAGUAGGCGACGUGUUCGAGGCCAAGCUACGCCAUGGUUUCUCUGGGAUCCCGGUUACAGAGACUGGCAAGAUGGGCAGCAAGCUGGUCGGCAUAGUUACCUCCAGGGAUAUAGAUUUUCUUUCUGAGAAGGACCAUGACCAACCCCUUGAAGAAGCAAUGACAAAAAGAGAAGAUCUAGUUGUUGCACCAGCUGGAGUCACACUAAAAGAAGCUAACGAUAUACUGCAACGUAGCAAAAAAGGUAAGCUCCCCAUAGUUAAUGACAAUGAUGAGCUCGUCGCCAUUAUCGCUAGGACUGACUUGAAGAAGAACAGGGAUUAUCCUCUGGCUUCCAAGGACUCUCGUAAACAGCUGCUGUGUGGAGCCGCCAUCGGUACCAGGGAGGACGACAAAUACAGACUAGACCUCCUCGUGCAGGCUGGAGUCGAUGUUGUUGUCCUGGACUCUUCUCAAGGAAACUCAGUCUAUCAGAUUAACAUGAUAAACUACAUCAAGCAUAAAUAUCCCGAACUACAAGUGGUUGGAGGAAAUGUGGUGACAGCUGCUCAGGCCAAAAACCUCAUAGAUGCCGGUGUGGAUGCCCUGAGGGUGGGAAUGGGGUGCGGCUCUAUCUGUAUCACACAGGAAGUAAUGGCAUGUGGACGGCCCCAAGGUACAUCAGUGUACAAGGUCGCGGAGUAUGCCAGACGUUUUGGAGUGCCGGUAAUCGCUGAUGGAGGCAUUCAAACUGUUGGACAUGUGGUAAAAGCUCUUGCCCUUGGAGCAUCUACGGUAAUGAUGGGAUCAUUGCUGGCGGCAACUACUGAAGCUCCAGGAGAAUAUUUCUUUUCCGACGGUGUGCGCCUGAAAAAGUACAGAGGAAUGGGCUCCUUAGAUGCCAUGGAGAAAAAUAACAGCCAGAAACGCUACUUUAGUGAGGGAGAUAAGGUAAAGGUGGCUCAAGGUGUUUCGGGGUCAGUACAAGACAAAGGCUCCAUUCAUAAGUUUGUUCCUUACCUCAUUGCUGGCAUCCAACAUGGCUGUCAGGACAUAGGAGCCAAAAGUUUGUCCAUUUUACGGUCAAUGAUGUAUUCUGGAGAACUGAAGUUUGAGAAGAGGACCAUGUCGGCUCAGAUGGAAGGUGGCGUCCACGGGCUUCACUCAUAUUCUUUUGUGCCAUUCAUGAGAAGCGGUUUUACUGAAACAGGUGGAAGAGGAAACACCCGAUCGGGACCCAACGUCCCGACCCCAGCAGCUAUGAGCAGAUGCACCGGGCGCAUGUGAUCAGAAUGCAACGCAUGAAGCUCCUGUGACUUCUACACUCUAAAGUUUAAACAAAACUAUUCUGUGAGCUUCUGUUCAUUGGUGUCCCAGCUCUGACCCCCAAAAAACUCUCUAAAAGUUCAAAGAGCCUAAAAGGAAAGAGCCAAAGAACAGAGUUUUAGAGGAUGGUGACAAACUCUUAAUCUGUUGUUCUCCCUCUCAGGUCAAGCAGUAGAGGGAAUCCUGUACUUACCUAUUCUGUUGUUCCCUUUCAACAAGAAAAAGUAUAGAACAAACUUGUCAUAAUAUAUCUGCCGAGCUUGAUAGAGAAGAGUACAGCCAUAUAUUUCCUUGCUCAUUUACUACAUUUACUACCCCCCCCCCCCCUUUUUUGCGGGAAAUCAAGUAAAAAACAGC